AUGCCUGCUCUUACCAAGGACAAAUUUAUUAAACGUGUUCAAACACCAUCAUGUAUUCAUUCGAAAUCUUUGAAUACGAACGAUGUUAAACGACUUGGUGGACCUACUCGAAGAAUGAUAAGCUCAAAACGUAUACAAACACAAUCUAUGCAAACUCAAACUGUACUUGCUUGUCUUAUUCUCGCUGAUAAAUAUAAACAAAAUGAUGAAGGAACACAAACAAAUGAUGAUAUUGAUUAUCAUUGUGAAGAUUCAACGAAUAGUUUUGCUUCACGUUUAGGCAAAUUUUUUGUAUGUAAACAAAAAUUUAUCAUUAAAUAUCAUUAA